UUAGAAACUGCCGUAGCGCCAUGGCCUGCCCGGACGAUGUUGAGAUUGGCUUCUUGGAUCGCGUUCAAUCCCAUCAUCCUUUUCCAGCCUCUCCUACCGUCGUCCCUCUAGCCUACCACCACGGCUUCUCCCUUCACAAUCCUUCCUGAACCAGCAGGUUAUUUCCUGACUCCAUUCCUGUUCCCCCUUCAUUUAGCCUCAAGUCCGCUCGGAACGAUAUUAUGGCUGCACCUGCUGACGCGGAUCCGUUCGAGCGUCUCAACGAUGGCCUCGUUCGUGCAAUAUUCCGCUGCGUCGUGCAACUGCCUCCCGACCCAGUAACAUCGUGUUGUUAAUACGAUGACCACCGCGCCACGCGCCCAGCCUACUACGCCGCUCCGUUCUCCCACGCGCUCGUAUCUCAGCGGUGGCGUCGCCUCGCGGAUGAGGUGCACUCAUCCAUCCAUGUGACUGAUCGGGGUAACCCCGUUCGGCUCGGCGCGACGGAUUUCAGGCGAAUCUCCUCGUCGCAGCUCAUCGGCGCAGUCCACCGCAUGCCGAGCCUCACGCAGCUUGAAAUCGACGAUCGGUUUCUGGACUCUUUUUCGGACGAUGUGGUUGCGUACCUCGCAAACGCCUGUCCGGGUCUUCAGCGCUUUAAUCUCCAGACCUUCGGCAAUUCGGCUGACUCUUGGACGGGGCAAGGGUUCCUUUCGAUCUUCCAAGCCUGUACCCGUUUGGAAGAGCUGUCCUGCACCGUCACCCCACGCUUCCGCCAGCCAUUUCGAACUUGACGGGGCUCGUCCGGCUUUACUUCCAUUCAGAACGGUUGGAACGCCUACCUGAAGAAAUGGGCACGCUUCGCUCUUUGAAGUCGUUCGGUCUGGGAGCAGCUCGACUCACAUCGCUACCGAAUAGUUUCGGCAAUCUGACCAACUUAGAAGAGCUGCAUCUGCUGGACCUCAUGAGCGUUCAUUCACUGCCAGAGACCAUUGGGAAGUUGUCAAAGCUUUCCGUUUUCUGUGGCAGGGAACUUUUUCAGAUUCAGAGGCUGCCUGGCGCCCUGUGCGAGUGCACUCGCCUGACCUGCCUUGACCUUUUCGCACCCCCGCCUCUCCUCGCUGCCUCAACGAUUUGGUAAUCUACGGAAGCUCCGCCACCUGCAACUCUCGUCCUGCUUACUCUACAACCUGCCACCGUCCAUAACGCAACUGGCGUCUCUCGAGGUGCUCGUCCUCCAAGCUUAUAUCUGUGAGCUGCCUGAGGACUUGAGCAAUCUGCCCAGGCUUCAGGAACUGGUUUUGGAUGGGUGCACACUGCUCACUCACCUGCCCUCCGCUCUGCCCCAGAUCCCUCGUCGUCAGCACCUCUUUCUCAGAAAUUUCUGUCACCUUCAUUCUCUACCGGACAAUCUUGGAGACCUGCAACAAUUGGUCACCCAAAACCAUUUCAGUCACUCACAAUUGGUCGCUGUGGUUCCCUCCAAGUGAUUCCCGAAUCUCUUUCUCAGGCUCCUGCAUUCGAGAGUCUCAGGAUUUCCGAGAGUCCGAACCUCUUCGUGCCCCCAAUCUUACGCCGCUUUACCGGGCUUAAAGCGAGAGGUUAUAAUAGUGACCCCUCUUUCUAGUUGGGCCCAACUAGAAACGACCCAACAGUGACUAUGUUUUUGGAGGGGCGGGCAGCAGCCCCCGUUUUUUACCAAGCCGUAGGCCACGAAAUCGAAUCGCGCUUGCGACCUUUCGCACUGGCGACAGAUUUUACGACCACAGAUUCGCGCAGUUGGCAUUUCGACCAAUCGGGGCCCAGCCUCGUUUUUGCCGGAGUAGUGAACCUCGGUCCAGCUUGAAAUUCGAGUUGGGCCCAUUUGGUGCAGCUUACAGGCAGUGGGGCUUGGGCGACAGUGUCAAACAUAUGUAUAACAUAUAUUUGUAUAGACUGUAUAGGGUCACC